CUUUGGAGCUUUUUUGUUAGCGUGGAAGUAUACUCUAUUUCCAACUAUAAUCGGCGACGCAAAUCUCGACAAAAUCGAUCAGACCGAAGAAUUCACGGCCGCCGGCGAAGCUUGCAAUCCCCCGAGCUAUGGAGGCGAAAAGAGAGAAUGGAUCAAUCCUGCAAUUCGCGCCGUUUCAGAGCUCCGUCGACGAGGGUUUCUGGCACAGGUUGUCUUCUUUGAAGCUGAACAAGUUUCGAAUCGACGAUUCUCCCAUACCCAUCACCGGUUUCUACGCGCCUUGCUCGCAUUCUCAAGUGUCAAAUCACUUGACUCUGGUUGCUGAAUCUCUGCCAGCUGAUGAAGAUGAACAAUCUUCAGUGCCAGCCAUUGCUAGCGGAAACAGGAAUCGGUGUUCUGUCCCUGGCAUUCUGUACAAUACGAAUACAUUGGAAGACUUCCGUGCUUUGGAUAAGAAGAGUUUGCUAAAGCAGGAAGCCAAGAAGAUAUGGGAAGAUAUCCAAAGUGGGAGAGCGAUGGAAGACUCUGCUCUGCUAUCGAGGUUCCUUGUUAUAUCAUUUGCUGAUCUAAAAAAAUGGAGCUUUCAUUACUGGUUUGCUUUCCCUGCUUUGGUGCUUGAUCCUCCUGCAACGGUGGUAGAAUUGAAGGCUGCUUCUCAGUGGUUUACAUUGGAUGAGGCUGAAUCUGUAUCGAAGGCUUGUAAUGAAUGGCGCAGCUCAAACUCCACCGCUGGUGUGCCAUUUUUCUUGGUCUCAAUUGCUUCUGAUUCCCGUGCCUCGAUUAGGCAUCUAAAGGACUGGGAAGCCUGUCAAGGUGAUGGUCAAAAGCUUCUAUUUGGUUUUUAUGACCCUUGUCAUCUUCCGAGCAACCCUGGUUGGCCCCUUCGCAAUCUUCUGGCACUGAUUUGUUCGAGAUGGAAUCUCAAGAGUGUCGACUUGUUUUGCUACAGAGAGAGUCGUGGUUUUGCUGAUCUUGGGUUAUCCCUUGUUGGCAAAGUCUUACUUCAUGGUUCCACAAGGGAUCAUAAGGACCUACCUAAUGCAGUAGGUUGGGAGCUUAACAAAGAUAGAGCUGUUCCCAGGUCUAUUACCCUUGCUAAAUCAAUGGAUCCAACUAGGCUAGCCAUAUCUGCAGCUGAUCUAAAUUUGAAACUGAUGCGCUGGCGUGCUCUUCCUUCGCUUGACUUAGAUAAGUUGGCUUCUACUAAGUGUCUUCUUUUAGGAGCAGGGACCCUCGGUUGUGAGGUUGCUCGAAGGCUUAUGGCUUGGGGCGUCCGUAAGAUUACACUACUCGACAAUGGAAAGGUGGCUAUGUCUAAUCCACUGAGGCAGUCCCUGUAUACAUUUGAUGACUGUCUUAAUGGUGGUAAAUAUAAAGCCUUGGCAGCAGUUACAAGCCUCCAGACAAUAUUUCCAGCUGUUGAGGCUGAAGGUGUUGUCAUGGCUAUACCGAUGCCUGGGCAUCCAGUCACUAGCCAAGAAGUGGAUGGAGUAAUAGAUGAUUGUACUCGUCUGCAUAACUUGAUUGAUUCUCAUGACGCAGUCUUCUUAUUGACCGAUACGAGAGAAAGCAGAUGGCUUCCCAGCCUUCUUUGUGCAAAUGCUAACAAGAUCACUAUAACUGCAGCCCUAGGGUUCGAUAGCUUCCUUGUAAUGCGGCAUGGACCUGGCCCUUUGCCCAAUGCCUCAAAAGCCGACGCUGCAAAUGCUCUGUCUGAUGAGAUGGAGAGCCUCACUUUAUCCAAUAGAGAACAGCAGAGAUUGGGCUGUUACUUCUGCAACGAUGUCGUCCAACCAACCGAUUCAACAUCAAAUCGCACUUUGGACCAACAGUGCACCGUUACACGUCCAGGACUCGCUUCCAAUGCCUCAUCUCUCGCUGUCGAACUCUUCGUGAACAUGCUGCACCACCCUGAUGGGACAUUUGCUUGUGUCGACAGCGAGCUGGCGCUUGGCAUCUUGCCGCAUCAGAUUAGAGGUUAUCUCUUCGAUUUCUCGCAGAUGAAGCUCGUGGGGCGCUCCUUCGAUAGGUGCACCGCUUGUUCCUCGACAGUUGUGAAGGAGUACAGGGAAAGAGGGUUGGAAUUCCUUCUUCAAGCAAUCAACCAUCCUACCUACUUAGCUGAUCUCACGGGACUUACAGAGCUCACCAAGUCUGCCAACUCGUUCGACAUAGAUUGGGACGACGAAGACGAUGGCGAUGACGACGGGUUUGCUGACAUAUGAUUAAGUUACAGUACUAUCCAGCAAUUCGUUACUGUAGUCAGGAUCCAUUGUUUGUUGUGCAUAACAGGUAGGUUAACGUUCAUUUGUUUAAAUUUUCACCAUAACUGGUGGCCGUUGUUCCUCCAGUGUACAAUUUACAAGCUGUUUGUUAUAACAUUGUAUGUGAUGAUCCUCUCGGCUAAUGGCUAACAGAUUCCUUUUGCACCAUCUUUCUCCUUCUCUUUUCAGUCAGUUCAGAUUGCUCUCCCAUGUAAUAAAAAUGAAAGUGAUAAAGUGCAUAGUGGUAGUUAACGUUUACUCUAUUCAUCGUUUACUCGAUUAGGCAUGAAUGUAUAGUAAGUUUUUGUGCUCUCCUUCGAUAACAAGUAGCACCAGUGGUCUAGUGGUAGAAUAGUACCCUGCCACGGUACAGACCCGGGUUCGAUUCCCGGCUGGUGCAGCUUUUUUUCUGCUUCUUCUUUUUUCUCACCUUCGCCAUCUUCGUCCAAGGCUUGGCUUGGCUUGGCUUGGCUUUCUCCCAACAUCACCAAUUUUUCAACGCAGAAAGAGAGAAGACUAGCGAGCUUCAUGUCUAUAGUUAUACUUUUCUGCUGCUUCAUUGACAAUUUAGUCAAGGGAAGAAGGAUAACACAAGAAGAAGUUACAGCUCCCCAAAACCAAACAGAUUCGGCAGGCUCCAACUAAGAAUGCUGAAUCUGGAGUCAACUAAGCUAGCCCGCCAUAGCCAGAAAGGUCUCUGAAGUCUGAAAUAAAACACUUCUGACCUAACCAUGAUAAUGCAGCCAGCUCCAUAGGUUUUCCACCAGCCUACAAGGAGAAUAUUUUUUUUCUUGGUAUAUAAAUAUACUAGCUUUUUUAUAUUCAAUAUAAAUUGCUUAAAUUGUUUUUCUUUAUAAGAUUUGUUAUUAUCGAUGUACGGAUCCAUACCUCUUGAAUUCCAAAAAAAAACAUGUAAAAUUUCUAAAGUGAAUAUAAAAAAGAACAAAAUGCUACCGGUUAUAUUUCAUAUUUGCUACCACACACGGUGGUGAAAGAACCUGGAAAACAAAAGUCACUGUAGGUCAAUUUAAUUUUGUUAUUAGGCAAUUUAUCAGUGAAAAGAGAAUAAGGCCCGACAAUAAAAACUAUAGGUUAGCACAAUUGUUUGAGCCCAAAUUAGAUGAAUAAAGCAGACAACUCUGAGUUCUCAAAGAGAGCUUUCACAAAUAUCUAAGGCUAGCAGUUUCAGUAAUAGAAAAUAUAUCUGCACAUCAAAACUCAUCGCAACUUUAAGUUCCAGCCCUAGCCCGCCAAAAUAUUGAUCUUUCCUUCUCCUUCUUUUGCUGCAGCAUUUCAAUUCACAUUCUAAAAAUAGAAACAUCAGCAGAAUCAAGGAUAUUUAUAUUAAAUGUUACGUUAUGGGGUCUGAUUCAUCGGCAGGGUGGCUGACCACCUUAUUACCAAAAAACUUGGCAACUUCCCAACCAAUUCACCGCUCUCGGUCAAGCGCUCACAUCAUCCAUCAUUUAUCUAUCUAACUCUUAACAUAUUUGGUUUCUGAUCUGGCCAUGGCCGAUGAAAUGAAGAUGUUGAGUUUUGUAUCUUGCCCAUGGUUGGAACUUGGAAGUGAUGGUGGCGGUGGCGGAACAUUGGGUGUGAUGGGAAGCAUUUGUAAUUAGGAAAUGCACCCAAACCCCAGUUGACUAUCUUGGCUGUGAAAUUAAAAAUAAAUUUGUGAACAAAAAUAGGUGCAUAUGUACCCAAAAGAGGGGUAAAUUAUCAGUUAAAGACUACAUCAUUACUAAGUCAUGAUUGAGGAAUUAGCAGCCACACGAAGUUGGAAUCGUCGAAGAUUACAACUGGGUGUCUAAAGUGCAAAUAUAGUAACAACGGGGGAAUAACCAAAAUCAGCAAGUGUUUGGCUGAAAAACCACAGUGAUUUCCAUUAAAAUUUCUCAGGUAAA